AUGGCGCAAAUGGCCGCCGCACAGCCUCCCGUGGAUCCAAAGACGCAAUUGAAUCAUUUUUGUCAGAAGUUUUGCCAGCGGCCUGUGACCAAGAGCGAUAUCUCAUACACCACCAACAAGUUCGGCAACAAGUAUCAAGCAAUUGUGAGGCUUGACUGUGUGCAGGGACAGGAGUAUGCGGGCCACCUUGUGCUGAACCAAAAAGAUGCUGAGAAGUCUGCAGCUGAGCAGGCCAUCAUUGCUUUCUCGCAAAGUGAGUUGCUAGAGCAGCAGACUGCAGCAGACAAGGACAAAAAGAAGAAGAAGCCGACAAAGCUGACCCCGGAGGAACAUGCCCAGAGAAAGGCUAAGCAGGAAGAGGAAGGCAAUCCGGCAGUAACGCCAAAGACAUUGCUGAACGCCUUGGUGAUGAAAAUUAUCAAGCGGUACCUCCAGAAGGGUGAGACUGUUUAUGAGACCAAGACCUAUGCUGGUGGUGGGCAUCAGGCCACGGUGAAAAUCACAGCUUUGCCAGACGAAUGGGGCAGCCGAAUGUGGGCUGGCCAUGUAUGCAACACGAAGCAGAAGGCCGAGCAGAGUGCUGCUGAGAUGGCCUUGGAAUCCAUAAAGCAGGAUGCAGAGCUCAUGAAGGAGUCCGAGAAGCCAAAAGGAAUGGGGAAGGGCGAGAAGGGCAAAGGCAAGGGCAAGGGAAUGUUGUGGGGCCCAUGGUCAUUCGGAUGGUGGAAUGCAAAAGGCUCCGAUCUUCCCCGCAAGCCCGUAAGCACGGAGCCUAUCACUGGCGAAGUCGUCGAGUGGAAGGAUGCCUUUGGGUGGAUCAAACCUGACGUGACUAUCGAUCACAAAGAUGCUGGCCGCCGUGAAGGGAAGAUCUUCGUUGGGAAAUCCGAUGUGCCAGAGGCUCUGAAAAUGGCAGCUGGUGUUAAAGUGAGCUUCGCUGUCUAUGAGGAUAUGAUGGGUCUUGGAGCUCAAGAUUUGCAAGCACUGUGA